UAAAAAUACCCUUCUGUGUAUUGCCUUGACUUUAGGGUGUUGCUCAUAUAAUAAGUUUAAGUUACUGUUUUUGCCUUUCAGUGGGAAAAACAUUGUUGCCAAGGGAUAGCAAACUAUUGAAGAAGAGCUGGCCAGGAUAAGUGUAACAAUUUCAUGUAAUUUGCACCAUUUAAGGCAAUGGAAGUACUUCCAGAACUCUAUGACAUUUUCCAAGGAGAGGUUGCUUCUGUGACAGAAUAUGGAGCAUUUAUAAAAAUUCCAGGAACAAGGAAACAAGGCCUUGUACACAAAAGUCAUAUGUCAAGCUGCCGAGUGGACAAGCCCUCAGAGAUGGUAGAUGUUGGAGAAAAAGUGUGGGUGAAGCUAAUAGGAAAAGAGAAGAAAGAUGACAAGCUGAAAUUAUCUCUUUCAAUGAAGGUAGUUAAUCAAGGAACUGGAAAGGACCUGGACCCUAACAAUGUUGCUCUUGAGCAAGAUGCACGGAAGAAGCGCUCCUUCAAAGACUACACCAGCCAGAAGAUCACUCUAGAAGCAGUGCUGAACACAGUUUGCAAAAAGUGUGGUUGCCCAGGCCAUUUUGCAAAAGAUUGCUUCAUGCAGCCAGGGGGAACCAAGUACACUCUUAUACCAGAGGAAGAAGAAAUCCCUCCAGAAGAUGAAAAGAAGGUAUAUCAAUCAGAAGUGUCUGUAAAGAAGAAGAAAAAGGAAAAAAAGAAAAGGAAGAAAGACAAGAGUAAGAGUAAGAGUCCUUCUGAAUCGGAGGAUUCCGUCUGUGGUGAUUCAGGCAGUCAGCCAGCCAGGAAGAAAACAAAAUGGACUAAAAAAGCCAGUUCAUCCCAGAAGAGAAAGAAAAAGAAGCACCAUAAGAAGAAGCACAAGGAAUGAGAUGACAGAGAGCAGGCAGUGCUAACACAGCACAUGCCUCCCACCCCUCUGGCCUGCUGGAAUCAUUUGGGCAAAGGAACAACUGAGCCAGGAAGAUUUAGCAUCAAAACAAAAGGUUUUCCUUCUUUACCUUGUUGUUUCCUUUAGGUUUUCACAAGGAUUUCCCUUAUGGUCCCCUAAAGAAAGAAAGGAGCCAGCUGCAGUUGCGCCUUCCCUGUCCCAGAUGUUGCACUUCUCAUUCUUCACUUUUUUCUUCUGGGCAAGGUGCCAGGGCUACAGCCAGUUCCUCUGAAACAAUCCUGAGCUAUCCGCCAGAAGCACGUGUCAUCCACAAUCAGUGCCGUUUCCUUAGACAGGAUGACAGCGGUGCAUUGAUUCGACAUCUGCCGUUUAUUCUUUGCACACCAGGGAACAGUGGGCAUAUUCGAUAUGCUGAUUGGUGCAGAACAAAUCACUCCACCCCAUCUGACCAUCCCAUUUGUCUGCAGUCCCGAAGGAGGGAACAUUGACCAAAAAUGGCACACUCGGAUUCGAAAACAGAAAGUGAGCCAAGUGGUUAAUCCAAGUUACAAAGUAAAGCUCCCUCCCUUUUUUUCCUUAUGACUUAAUCCAUUUAUUUUGGUCAACAAAGACAGCUGGUUGCUUUAAUAGAGGUCUUGUCUUCAUUCUAUUGGAAUCAAAAUAGUCUUCAGGGCAUAAUUAUUUACAGAUUUUAUUCCCUUCUCUAUUAAUCUCCUAUCUACAUGACUGGUUUGUUUAUUUCAGGUAGGACCUAUGUUUCUGCAGUACAGGAAUUGCAAGACAGCAUAGGUAGGAUGAGCAGGUUGCCAUCUUUCAAGCAUCUCAGCAUCUCAGACCUGCUUGGUUUCAGUAAGCUCAUUGUAUCAUAUGCAUUCAAAUAGUAUCUGGAUCCUUAGUGCUUUUCAGCCAUGCAUUGGUUUCUACCGUUGUUCUGAGUGCCUGAGAACAAUAAUUACCAAGACUUACCCAUGCCCAUGAUUAAAUGCUUUUCUUGUUGGCCCCUAGAAAUUGUCUUUAGCUGUCCUAGCUUCCUGCAGUCACUAAACAUCACUUCAGUGCUGUUUAUCGGUUUGAUUUCUAGAUAGCCUUUAGUUCCUGCAAGGGAUCCCCAAGGCAGCUUAAAAGGGCAGGUUUGUGUCAUGCUAAGCCACCCUGUUAAUAAGCCACUAUGGCUGGACGUUCAUUGAACGUAAUCCAUGCUGCUCCUGAUGGGGUGGCUCACUGUGGCUUGUUCCCACCUGUCCUUGUUUGCAUCUAGUCUUUCCAUCAGCUCUGGCACAUAUUGCAGGUGCUUUGCAGCAGAACAUGCUGCCUUGCUUCCUGUCAGUACAUGUUCAGGAAUUGGUUUACUUGGAGUUGCUGGCUGCUGAAGGAAAAUUCUACAUCGGAUCAUCAAAUUGAAUUAAUUUUCAGAGCCUUUCUCAACGCUUUUUUGUGGGGAAUGCCAUGCAGUGUAGCCAUGCUGAUACCACAAACGUGUCCUAGGCAGUUUCAGCUUCCAUGUCAGAGCUUGUCUUUUUAAUGGUCGCUUCACUUUCCACUUAGUACCUGCUGCCACAGCACAUCCCUCCAGCUUCUUCUGGCUGUUUAUUCCCUUUCCUGCUUUUCUCCCUCUAUUGCUACCUGUCACAGCUUGCUACUUGCAAUUUUUAGGGACUCGAGGCAAAAGACAUUGAUGGGGAGGAUGGUUGAUGUCAUGAGCAAGAUUGUCAGGAGUGGCAGGGUGUUUUCUGGGCGGCACAUAAGAAAAUGGUUCUGCUGGAUUCAGACGAUGUGACAAACCUGUAACAAAGCCAUGGCUUCUGAGGGUGGCAUGCACAUGAAGAACAAGCCACUCUGCAGAAGUCAUGCUGUGCUCACUGAUCUACCAUGGCAGAUCGUUAUGCUGUGUGAACCAGAACAUAGAAUACAAUAGUCAGAGUUGGGCUGAUCCUCAAGCAGAGUGAAGUAUUUCCCUGAGACACCAGAUUGUUGAUUGUAUGAAAGGGGAGCCAAGUUGUUAGCAGUUUGUUGUCUUUUUACUGUUAAGGGUGCUUUUUGCUGCUCACCUUGGGACUGCUUCCACCCCUCCAGUGAACAGUGUGCUGUUGGGAUAGCAUGCGGUCUUUCCACCCCUCCCAUGUUACAAGUCUUUUCCGUUAUCCGAGGACAUUGUGAUUAAAACCAACAGUUAUAAACCA